AGGCAGCAUGUCUGGAGCGGACGGAGGAGCGUCGUUGAAGCGCCUGCAGUCGGUCCUGAGCCACGUCCGCGAGACGCCGGCGCCGACGGCCAGCGCCAAGACCCGCUGGGAUGGCUGGGGCUACGAAGACACCAACAUCUUUCUCAACCCGCAAGGCGUCGUCGAGUUUGCCGGGACGCGGUACGAAGAAGUGUUUCCCGCAGAGCGCGUCUUGCCUGGCGUGCGCGCGUGGGCCGAAUCCAAGGUCGGCUUGGACGUCAACCGCCGCAUUACGCUCAACGCCACGCCGCCCAAGAUCAAGGCCGGCAGCGAAGUCAUGCACGAAGGCUUCUUGGCCGAGAUGGCGUCGCUUGCGCUGCCCGUCGACCUCGACCCGGUCACGCGUGUGCGCCACUCGCACGGCCAGACCUGCGGCGAAAUCUUUCGCAUCCGAACGUGCACCGAGUUUGAUCGCGUGCCGGACGCGGUCAUUAGCCCGCUGACGCACGAGCAGGUGCAGGCGGUCGUCACCGCGGCCGUCAAGCACAACGUGGUCAUCAUCCCGUACGGCGGUGGCACCAACGUCUCGAACGCGCUCACGUGCAGCGAGCACGAGCGCUGUAUGAUCGUAUCGCUCGACAUGCGCAAGAUGACGGCCAUCUUGAGCGUCGACAAGGAAAACAUGACAGCGCUCGUCGAGGCGGGUAUUUCGGGCCUCGAUCUGCACAACAAGCUCAAGAACAAGGGCGUCACGCUCGGGCACGAGCCCGAUUCGUGGGAGUUUUCGACCGUCGGCGGCUGGGUCGCGACGCGGGCGUCGGGCAUGAAGAAGAACACGUACGGCAACAUUGAAGACAUGCUCAUCAACCUCACCAUGGUGACGCCGCAAGGCACGCUGACCAAGUCGUGCAACGUGCCCCGGGUUUCGAUGGGUCCCGACAUGAUGCAAAUGGCCCUCGGCUCGGAGGGCCUCUUUGGCGUUGUGACCCGGGUCAUGUUUCGUGUGCGCCCGCUGCCCGAAGUGCAGCUGUACGACUCGAUCCUGUUUCCUACGUUGGGCGACGGCAUUGCUGCGCUCCACGACAUUACGCGCGAAGGCUGCAUCCCUGCGUCGCUGCGCCUUCUCGACAACACCCAAUUUCAACUGGGCCAAGCGCUCAAGCCGGCCUCGAGCCACCCCUUGACAGCGCACCUGAUUUCGCUCGCAACCAAGGCGUAUGUGACCAAGAUCAAGGGCUUCGACGUCAACUCGAUGUGUGCGGCGACCAUCUUGUUUGAGGGCACAAAAGAGCAGACGGAGCGGUACCAGCGCCAGAUCCACGCCAUUGCGGCCAAGCACGGGGGUAUGAUUGGUGGCGCCGAGAACGGCAAGCGCGGGUACUUCCUUACUUAUGUCAUUGCGUACAUUCGCGACUUUGUGAUGGACUUUUACUUUUUGACCGACUCGUUCGAGACGGCGGUGCCGUGGACAAACGUCAAGCAGCUCAUCGCCGACAUCAAUAACGAAAUUGGUCUUGUCUGCGCUGGCCACGGCGUGCCCAACAAGCACGUCGUCAUGUGCCGCAUCUCGCAGGUCUACGAGACGGGCGUCUGCCUCUAUGUCUACUACGGCGUCAACUUUUUCGGCGUCAAGGAACCGCUCAAGCUCUUCCACACAAUCGAGCAGUCGUGCGUCGACGUCAUGAUGCGGAACGGCGCGGCGCUGAGCCACCACCAUGGCAUUGGCAAGCACCGCAAGCAGUGGCUCCCGCAGGUGCUUUCGGCGCCGGCGCUGAGUGCGAUCCACGGUCUCAAGGCCGCCGUGGACCCGACCAAUGUCUUUGCGACCAACAACAUUAUCACGACGACGCUGCCGCCGACACGCGAGUAGAGACACGCAAGAAUCAUGGUAGAUUGGAUGCUUUUCUUUGAAAUGUAUACCCUCCCUUGUGCCCAUGGCGGACA